AUGGAUGUCCUCGGUAACGACAAAAGAUGGCUUGUGACUCUGGUUACAUCAAAUAAGGUCGUAGCUCCAGUUUUACAGGAUAUCGUGAAACAAGGAAUGGACAAGCUGUAUGCUACCCUAGAUAAUUACCUUAAUGGCUUACCGACACCUUGCAGCCUACAAACACUGACCUAUGCAGAUGUAUGCCAUCUGGCAGCCACUCCAAGUCCUGCUUCUUCGCUUAAAGACCUAAAUUUCGGAAAUAUUAACAACAACUCUGGUGUUCAUGGAAAGACCAAAACGGCUUAUAACUACAAUGUAAACAGCCUAGUUGAUCUUGCCAAGCUUUAUCUUCCAUACUACCUUGCAGAAUUCUCGGCAUUCGACAAAUCUAUGGAUUUGAAUGCCGCUCUUAGACUAUUGGGAUGUAGGAAGUAUCCCGUACAAGUAUUCGUGUCUUCCGAUCCCUUGCACGAUAUUCAGCCGUUGGCAGAUGAUGUCAGAGAUAAUGUUAGGAAUCGGGGAAGUCAUUUUAAAGAGAGUGACUGGACCCAAAUCUUCUUUGACCAGUGCUUUGACAAGUUAAAGGCUCUGCUCCAAUAUCUGCCCCUGCUUCCCGCCAAAAAGAAGGAGCUUUUAGAUCAACUCUCUGCAUGGAAAACAGAAGGUACUCGAGUGGAAUUUAACCAUUCAACGAAUAGGUUGUUAAUAUGGCAAUUCUCUAGGUCGGAUGUUAACUCAAGAGAAAUGGAAAUACGCUUAAAGAGAGCAGAGACGAGCUUUUCAGGGAUCAUAGGGCAUUCUUCCCAGAGAUUUGAAAACAUAAAAUAUUUUUGGUUGCAUUUUCAAUUUCUACGUCUAAACGAAGUUUCGAGAGCAUUAACCGCUUAGGAACCAAACUCAGCGCAAACUCCUAACCCUGUUCGUGCUCAUGACGCUUGACUGCUCUCCAUUCACAGGGAUUAAGCCCAUUGUAUAAUCUGUGGCAGGGCAUAUUCCUGGCUUUCAUUCAUGGCCCUUUGAAUGUGUUUGUGAUCAUUUAUCAUCUAUUAAUCUCGUCAAAUCAAACUAGACCGCCUUCGACUGCCAUGAUGUUUUCAUUCUCUCGGCAACUCACGCGAAUUUCCGCUUCAGGGGUUUCCCCUGUGCCAACCUGGUCGUUGCAAUUAAGUAAGCGGAACAGCAAACUCAGAGGAGCCCGCUUCAGUAAUAUAAAGUAGGAACUGUUUUAUUUAUUACUCAAAUGCCGUAUCUACAGUGACAAAUCAUUUCCUCUCACCAGUUACUUAGCUUAAUCUCUGCGUAAUAUCAAUACAGUCAUCAUCAUUAUCAUCAUCGACAUCAGAAUUGACAUUGUUACUGUUAUUAUUAUCGUUAUUAUUAUUAUCAUUAUUAUUAAUAUCAUCAUUAUUAUUGCUAUUAUCAUUAUUACCACCAUUUAUUGUACAGUCAUCAUUUUUAGGUUUCAAGCGGAUUGUUGACAAUGACGUCAAAGAUCUACUAGAAAAAUUCCAAAACGUCAAACUUGCAGCAAUUAAUGACAAAUUGGACGACAUGCCAACUAGGGAGGAGCACGAAAGAGUGAUAGAAAAGCUGUUUUCUUUUCACACCAGUAUGAUGGAUAGAUUUGAUAGAAUGGAAUCCUUACUUCGAAAAGUUGAGCACAAGCUCGACGGUAAGUUUAAAAACAACUUGUAAAAUUUCAGUGAAAAACAAUGUUGUAAGACUUUUCUGGUCGCCAACAAUUUCACCUACAAAAGUGUGUAAAUUUCCCUUUGACACUCGCGAGCGAGUUCAUUGGGAACCACGUGGCUAGAUACAGAUAGAUAAGUUGUCAUUAUUACGUUGCCAAAGUGUGCAGUUUUGCUGAUUGGACACGCCAGUACUGUCAAAAUGCACGUAAUUAAGAAUCCUAAUCAUUCUGUAAUUUAAGGGUUUCUAACAUAAUUCUCAUGUCGCACCUUUAACUGCGAACAAAAAAAAAACAAAUAUAGAAAUACACCGAGCGUACUUCGGUUAUUUCAAAAAACACACGUCUUUUUUUAAUUUCAUUAACCCGGUUGCAUUUGUUAAAUUAUGCAGGCAUCAGCGUCAGUGCUAUAAAUCAAGAAGGUAGCAAGAGUGUUCACUCUACAGAAUCAAGCGUCUUGUCUACAGACGCCACUUCUAAAGAAACCCGCCAAAUGAGUGAAGAGGUAACAUAAUCUGAUAACGGAUAGUUUCCAGUCAAAAUCUCAGAUUUAGACAAAAACAUAAUUUAUUUACUGAAGCUGAUAUGAAAUCGUGUGGUUGUCGGGUUUGCCAGGCCUAGAACUCGUGUUGAUGAAAAAUCAGCAUUGUGUUAGCUACGAUGUACACUAACAGGAGGAUAGAAAUCAUGUUUUAAAUCACCCGAGAGAAUCAAAACAAGAGGACAAUUAGAUAGACUAAGAGUUAUAGAAAGGUUUUCGAAAUGACAGUGCCCAUUACCUUCGACAGUCCUUCUCCGCGGAAAAACUAUACAAUCAAAUAUCACUCAUGGGCUCAAACCAUUACUGAAGAAAAGUUAACUUGCUAUGCAACUUUUAUUCGAAUGGCAGACCCAUACGGAAAACAGGACUUAGUGUAGUAUACUAUACCUGUAACGUGCAAAUGUUUCCUUAAAAAAAAGAAAUUUUUACUUGGAAUGCGUUGACUUUAAAAUUGCCUUUCUUCCCCCAGAACAAAAACCCAGAAUCGACAUGUAAGCUUCGAGCGAAAAUUGCCAAAGUAAGUCAAGUACUAAAUUGUGUGACAGUUUUAUGAUGCAGUGUAUGCAUUAACAUUGAAGUCACAUUGUGUUUAAAUAAGAGGACUAGUUCGAUGUUAUGUCUGUUAUCCUUUAUGCGGACAUCUCAGAAAAGUUAAUUUCGUCUUUUUGGAUUCGAUGUAUCCCGGACCAGGAGUCUCCCUCUCUGCCCUCUAGUUUUCUCCUUGAUCUGGAAAGUGGUGAUAAUCAGCGGAUUUAUACGUUUCGGAUAGCCCUAUUAAUAAUCAAAAUUUGGCUUAGGAAAUCAGCGCCUGGGACGUCAUCUAGCUACAGAUUGUACAAUAAUCAUGUGAAGGAAAGGACACUGAAGGUCACGGGUAAUCAUCUCAUGUACGAGCGCGGUGCAUGAUUUCUAAGGGUAAUUAUGUUAAGUUUGCGCGCUUGGCGUUGCUCGCUGAUUUGUGUAUUUCUACACGUUUAGAAAUGAACUAUUAGUCCCACUUACUGUCGAGACCAUUUUUUUUUCGCUUAAUGUAUGAUAAUACAAUUAUUAGGUACGGUUUUUGUGAUAUCCAGAAUAAUCAAGGUCUCGGUAAGAGUAAUCAGCCUCAGCUUUCAAUUCGGCCCACCUCGACGUCGAUUAUCAGUCUGGAUAUCACAAAAACCCAUCCAACAGUUGCUGUCUUACCAGCAAUGUGGUACAAAAGUUGUCCUAUUUUUACAGUUGUCAAGGCGAACACUGCACAAAGCUGCUGUCAGUGGCCGAUGUGACUUUAUUAAAGUACUUCUUGAAAAUGGUGAAGAUGUGGACCAGAUGGAUGAGGUUGCUCGCUCGAUUUUGCGUUUAAAUGUGUCUGUUUUUGUCCCCUUUGUAUCCGAAAUUGAAAAGUAUUUUAGCUUUACCAGAUGCUCUGCUUUGAUUUUGCAGUUCAGUUUGACGCCUCUUCACCUUGUUGCAUGGUAUGGGCAACGAGGUGUUGCAGAACUCUUGUUAAAGCAUGGUGCAAAUGUCAAUGCUGUGGAUAGGGUAAGUUGGUAAAUACUCAUGUUUGUCUUUUGGAAUACGUCAGAUAUACGGUAUUAAUAAACAACUUCAGGCAAGCAAAGACUUCUAUAAGUUGUUGAAACCUUUCUUCAGUCAAUUGUUUCUCGUGUCCAGGAAUAUUCAUGUUGUUGAGGGAUUUGCAGUUACUUCAAUAUAUUUUGACCUUUGCAAAUUGACAAUUUUUUACCUUUCAGUUUCAAAAAACAGCGCUACAGAAAGCUGAACGCAACAAUCACCGAUCCAUUAUUGAGCUUCUUCUGAGGAAUAAAGCGAGUCCCAGUUACAACCAACCGGUAUGGUCAAAUCUUUAUUCCUCUUUCAUGUUUUGUUUUGGAACUGCCUCUAAAACAUCUUUCCAUACAUAGAGGAACAUCAGGAUAACUCGAUAAGAUUUAGCAAACGUCUCUUUUCUUUACGGUUGUUUACUACCAGUUUGCAAUAGUUUUCUGUUUUGUGCACGGCUUCUUUUUUAUGGUCUUAGCGUCUUCUUCCAUAAAUACCGAAUAGCAGGGUAUAAAUUUUGUUGUUCACAUGCGCUCCGUUCAACCUUAGAGUGUUCCACCGCGAAGAGGUUUAAAAUAUGACUCAUAGAAUCUUAAUCGAAAUAUAAUCUAUGUCUUAAUUACUUAAGAUUGCGAUGCAACAUUGCCAUUUUCAGUGUUUUUGAAUAAUAACUUUUAGAUGAUCGACUAGUUUUUUUGUUAAGUAUUAUGUUGAACUCGUCAUGACAUACCAUACCUGCAUCAGUGUCACACAAGACAGACGCAUCUACAUGAGCUGAAUCGUUUGAUGUUAACCUAAGAACUAUUUUUCUGUUACGAAUUUUUGUUUUUCUGUUUUUGAUAAAUUAUUAACUACAACCUAUUUUUCAUUACAGCCUAGCCUACUGACCCUUUCAAGAAAAGCUUUUCUCCAUGUAGAUGCACAAUCCGGCUUCAAUAGAAUGCAGGCCGCUGUAUUUCAUGGCGACUAUGACACGCUUUGUACAGCUACUAUCUAUCUUGGGAAUGUUGUCCAAGACAUGAAUUUACAAAAAACAGGAAGCCAAGCAAAGGCAUUUCCUGGAAAAACUGCGUUAGAGAUUCUCUUGGCUCUCCAAGAAAAAGGAGAAGGAAAUGUUAAAAUAGAAGAACUGUAUAAAAUGGAAGUUGAGAAGAUCGACACAUUAACUGAGCUGCACUUGUGUAAAGACAACAAUGAUGUAGAGAAGGCUGUCGAGAUUGUUCUAAACGAGGGUAUGGAUAUAAACAUACCAGGAAAAAGCAACCGUACGCCUUUGUUGUGGGCAAGUCCAUCAGUCUCUGGUGAGUUUAUUAAGACCCUCAUUGAUCUUGGAGCUGACAUAAAUGCUCAGAGGACAGACGACAACAUUGCACCUUUGUCUUUAGCAGCUGAUUGGAACAACUACAUGGCCGUUGACAUCCUUUUAAAGCAUGGAGGCAAUGUGGGUGUUCCAAGUCUCUCAAAAACGGUGGGAUUGCAUGGUUGUGCAGAAAGCGGAUUCUUGAGUGUCUCCCGGUUACUAAUUGAUUCAGGAUGCGACAUCAAUUUGCGCAACAACAAAGGCCAAACCGCGCUUUACUUAGCCGUCAAAAAUAAACACAAACACAUUGUCAAAUGUUUGCUUGAAAGAAAAGCGGAUGUGAAUGUGAAGUACAAUGAGAAUGCAAGUGAGAGAAUUUACCUUGUUCGUGGGAAGGACAGAGGAAAACCAGCGUGGCAUUAUGUCCUAGUAGAGAAAGCUUUGUUGUCCUUGUUCUUGAGGCAGAGUAAUGGAAGUAGUCUUGACGUUGCAGACUUUGGAUUCGUCCUCACGAGUGGAUGGGGAAAGGGUCCUCCGGAGGACGCACAGAAGAAUAUCAAUGAAAUGGGUGCUAUCUUUCCUGACACACAAAGUCGAACAGUUCUACAUGUUGCCAGCAAAAGUGCUAGUCUCGAGAUCGUUGAUCUGCUAGUGAAAUACAAAGCAGAUAUAAACGCGAACGACAUGGACGGCUUUACCCCACUUCAUUUGGCUGCGAUGUAUGGCAACAUUCAAGUUGUUAAAAAACUGGUUGAAACCAACGCCGACGUUAACUUGAAAGUGGAUGGAAAGGAUGCGGCUGACUUGGCUCGCAUGAACGAAGAAACAGAAAUUGAGGAAUACCUUAAAUCAAAAAGAAGCCUUCCCCAAAGAGACUCGGAAAGUCGAUCGGCGCUAAGUCAACUGGCGGAAAGUCAAUAG